AUCAAUCCAAUAGUCCUAGCCAUAAUCACCUUUACUCUUGCAACAGGCACUGCCAUCGCCACAUUCAGCUCCCACUGACUAUUAAUUUGAGUUGGCCUAGAAAUAAAUAUACUCUCCAUCAUCCCCAUCCUCACCUACAAAAGCAACCCACGAUCCACAGAAGCCGCAACAAAGUACUUCCUCACUCAAGCCACCGCCUCAAUAAUCCUAAUAAUAGCUAUCCUUCUCAACCUCAUAUAUUCAGGCCACUGAACCAUCCUCAACCCAAACAACCACAUCCCACCCUUUCUCCUAACCAUCGCAUUGACCAUAAAAUUAGGUGUAGCCCCUUUCCACUUUUGACUGCCGGAGGUCGCCCAAGGAGUAAACCUAAAAUCAUCCCUCCUUCUGCUUACAUGACAAAAAAUCGCCCCCCUUUCCAUCCUACACCAAAUCCACAACUCCCUCAACACCCCCCUUCUAACACUCAUAGGACUUCUUUCUAUCAUAAUCGGCGGAUGAGGAGGCUUAAACCAAACCCAACUACGAAAAAUCCUAGCAUACUCAUCAAUUGCACAUAUAGGCUGAAUAACAACUAUCCUAGUGUAUAAUCCAGACAUCAUACUCCUUAACCUCAUCAUCUACAUCACCCUAACAAUCCCCAUAUUUAUGCUUCUCAUCAUUAACUCCAGCACAACAGCACUCUCCCUAGCCCAAACAUGAAAUAAAACACCCCUAAUAACUGCAGCCAUGCUCACCAUUCUAAUAUCCCUAGGAGGCCUACCCCCACUCACCGGCUUUAUGCCCAAGUGAGCCAUCAUCAAUGAACUCACCAAAAACAACAGCAUCAUCCUCCCAACCCUAAUGGCCAUACUAGCCCUCCUAAAUCUUUACUUCUAUAUACGACUAGUUUACUCAACAUCACUAACAAUAUUUCCUACCACAAAUAACAUAAAAAUAAAAUGACAAUUCGAAUUCAAAAAUCAAGCCUACCUCUUAUCACCCCUAAUCACAGUAUCAACCAUAUCCCUCCCUCUUCUACCUCUAUUUAUCUCCUGAUACU